UCUCCUACAGUGGUUAAACCUGCGUUGACUGAAAUAAACAAUAAAAUAGUAAAAUAACUUUCCCCAAAAUAAGAACAGACCUCCCUCUCUCAUCUCUCUCUCUCUCGCUCUGAAACUGUCUCUCUUCUACAAUCUCUAGCCGAAUUUCCCCGCCGGCCGUCACCGACGAGCUUCUGCGAUCAAGUCGUUGCUCUAACCGUUAACCUUCCCUCUGGUAAUUGAUCUCUAUUUGGAUUUCUCGUCUUAUUCCCAACUUUCAUUACGUUUCACCUAAUUAUGGACCUAGGGUUGCGCAGCUAGGUCUGUGUUUGUCCGUAUUCGUAUACUUCACACAGAUGUGGCUUUUGGAUCGUAUAUGGAGUUGUUAAGACACGUGGCUUCUAAUUAUGAUGAUACAUGUUCAGCUGGAAACUAGGGUUUGUUGAUGAAAAUUGGGGAUUCAGUAAAGUUAGUUGGAAUUGGGGGUUGGGACUAGGGUUUGGUUGCACUUAAUCUUUGUGUGGUGCUUUCUUUCUGUUUAAUAAGAUUAUUUUCAUGUAUGGUUGGGGAUGAUGUUAUUGGGGACGAGUAGGUGAUGGUGCUUUUUGAUGGGUUUUUGAUGGGUUGAAGAGUUUGAUGUUCUCAUAGAUUGCGGGAAAAUUUCGGGUUUUAAGUUUGAUGGUCUGUUUCUUGUUAUAUUUUAUCGAAUUUGUGAUCUGAGCAUGAAGAGGUUGAGGUCAAGCGAGGAGCUUGAUUCAUUCGGAGAAAAGGGGGUUUUUAAAGACUGGGGAAGAAGGGAUGAGGAUUCGAGUCUGAGCCGGUCUUCAUCUCACCGGAGCUUUCAUUACAAGUCUGAAAACGGAAGGAAGGGCUUAUCGUCAUCGUCCUCUUCUCGAUACGAUCGGAUAGAUGACGAUCGUGAGAGUUCACGACCACCAGUAAGGAAGCGCUCAGAUUAUGAUCCAGAAAGUUAUGAUAGGAGAGUGAACUAUGAUCGGUAUAGGGAUGGUGGUGAAAGGGGAGUUCUGAGCUCUUCACCACGUAGUGGAUAUGGUAGCGACAGAAUCCAUAGAUCCGAAAGCUUUUCUGCGACGAGGAGAGAAUUCCCGAAGGGGUUUAGGUCGGAGAGGGAUCGGUCACGGCGAGCUGAUAGUGUUUCAUCAUGGAAGAGAUUUGGAUUAGGGAAAGAUGCUGAUGAAUGUACCAGAACUGGUGCUGAUUCAGUUAGAGGGAGUAAGGUUCUAUCAUCAGAGAAUAAAAGAAAUUCUAGGUCCCCACAAGGGCCGAGGGAAGCAAAGUCGCCAACUUGGUCCAAGGAUCUAUCAUCAGAGAAUAAAGGGAAUUCGAGGUCCCCACAAGGGCCGAGGGAAGCAAAGUCGCCGACUUGGUCCAAGGACUCUGGAAGUGAGCAAUCAAAGAGUGUUGAAGUGAAGAAGGGCGAGUAUUUACCGGCAGAAGGUGGUAGUAGCAGUGAAAUGGAAGAAGGGGAGCUUGAACCUGAACCUGAACCUGAACCUAAACCUGAUCCAGCUCAAGAAAAUGAACCUGCAGCUGAAGAAAAGUGCGCUGUUGGGGAGUACCCUGGUCAAAAGGAGCUUGACAAUAAGCAUCAGCGUGAUGAUAGAAAUGUGGAGUACGGGGCUAGACCUGAGUCGGAAAUGGAGCUGGACAAAGAUGGUGCUUGUGAGAAAAAACAAGAGGUUGGGUCGCGCAAAAUUGUUAAAGAUCUGGUGAAGGAAGUUGAUCAGUCAUCAAAUGGACCGAGUAAUUUAGUCGAAGGGACUCAUUGCAAUGAGGAUGCAGCUGGAACCUCACCGCACAUUGGAGGUAGCAAGAAGGAAGAGAGCCCAAGGGAAAAUAACAAUGGUGAGGACGGAAGAAACAAAGAUACUUUUGGUCAGAAGUCAAUGCCUAUAGAAGAGAAGCGCGAAGAAGACAAGGGCAUAGAUGUUGAAGUCAAGGUGCGGGAUGUUGUUUUGCCUGAGUCAAAUAAGGAAUCAUCUGAGGGCAGCAGAAUCCCUGAGACUGAUUUAUCUAUUUUUCGGGAUGGCAUAACCCAGAAUUUCAAGGACAAAGGGAAAAGUGUGGCAGUUUCCUCCUCUAAUGGUAGAGAAGAAGAAGGAGAGAAGUUUGAGAGAGAUGACGAUCUCGAAGGACCAAGUACCAGGGGCUUGGAGUUGUUUUUCAGGGAUCCUGUCAAGCAGCCAGAGAAAUCAGAUGUAUCUGGUCUUAAUAAGCCUAAAGAUGAAAAACUGGUACUGGAAUCACUUGAUCUUUCUCUUAGCUUGCCGAAUGUUCUGCUACCAAUUAAUUCCCACAACAUAGUUCAGGCUCCUGGUUCCCCAAGUCAUGCGAGGAGUGCUCAAUCCUUCCCUAGCACAUUCCUUUCGAAUUCUGAUGGAUUUACUGCCUCAAUGUCUUUUUCUGGUUCCCAACUUUUUACACACAAUCCAAGUUGCUCCCUUACACAUAAUUCGGUCGACUAUGAAAAAUCAGUUGGUAGCAAGCCCUUAUUUCAGGGAGUGGAUUGGAAUGUUCAGCCACCAGACGACCAAAAGCACAAAGAAGUUCCGAUGCAUUCAAGGGUGGAACCAAAUGGAAAUGGCUUUUAUCAUCAAUCUCAAGUAUCACAAAGUCUCUCUAAUGGUCAAGGUGUGCGAGGACAAUUGAGAGUUGCAGAAGGAAGCUCCACAAUACCCUUUGGACUCGAUCACCAAUUGAGUUUGCAUAGACAGCUGUCAGGAGUACAGUCAAGGCAUCAGAUUGAUGGAAAAACCCCUUCAAAUAGUGUUGGGUCUCAUGAAAACGGAUCCGAAUACAGCAGAGACAAGAGGCGGGUAAUGAGAGAGAGAGAGAGUGGUACUUUGUAUAGGAGCAGUAGCCAAAAUGUGAAAGAGCUGGUAUUGGGGUCUGAGUUUGUUGAGCCCAUCAUCACCAUGAUAGUUUCUGAACCAGUGCUUUUGAUGGCUAAGAAAUGCAGUGAAAUGACAGGACAAGUUAUGGCAUGUCUGAAGGAUAGCGUUCGUGAUAUCAUUUCGAAUGCUGGUAAAAGGUGGCAACUAUCUGCCUUCCAGAAAGCACUGCAAAAUAGGUCGGACAUUACCUUGGAAAUGUUGCUGGAAUCAAAUCAAGUUCAGAUGGAAAUAUUAGUGGCUUUGAGAACUGGUCUUCAAGAAUUCCUUCAGAGAAACGAUAUUUUGGUUUCUGACUUAGCGGAGAUAUUUCUGAAUUUAAGAUGCAGAAAUCUCGCUUGUCGGAGUAUUCUCCCCGUGGAUGAAUGUGAUUGUAAAGUCUGUGCAAAGAAGAGCGGUUUCUGUAGCAGUUGCAUGUGUCUUGUAUGUUCAAAGUUUGACAUGGCUUCUAACACAUGUAGUUGGGUUGGAUGUGAUGUAUGCCUCCAUUGGUGCCAUGCGGAUUGUGCGUUGCGGGAAUCUUACAUUAGAAACGGGCAUAGUGCAUCUGGGCCCCAUGGUUCAACGGAGAUGCAAUUCCAUUGUGUUGCCUGUAAUCACCCGUCCGAGAUGUUCGGCUUUGUGAAGGAAGUUUUCCAGAGUUUUGCAAAGGAAUGGACGGCUGAAACUCUUUCCAAGGAACUCGAGUAUGUGAGAAGAAUUUUUUCCGCUAGUGAGGAUGUGAGGGGGAAACGGCUGCACAACGUUGCUGUUCGGAUGCUGUCAAGAUUGGCAAACAAGUCUGACCUUCGAGAGGUUCAACACCAGAUUAUGGGUUUCCUUACAGAAAGUGAUUCCUUCAAGUCUGGCGGCAACACUCCACUUCUGUCAGGAAAGGAGGCGUCCAAGAAGAAUCAAGAAGGUAGUAAUGGCAUUGCCGGGUCUAGCCAAGAAGCCAUAUGGUUUAAACAGCUUUACUCGGAAAAAGUACCAAAAUUGGAGAGAUCUUCUAGUUUACUUCCCACCUUUAGUUCUGAUCAGGAAAACAAACACACAAGCGACUCAGAUUCACGAAGGAGUGCUCAGAAGGGACCUGUUUUCGAUGAAUUGGAAAGUAUUGUGAGAAUCAAGCAUGCCGAGGCUGGAAUGUUCCAAACACGUGCCGAUGAUGCAAGAAGAGAAGCUGAAGGCCUGAAACGAAUUGCAAUGGCCAAGAACGAAAAGAUCGAAGAUGAGUAUACUAGUAGAAUUGCAAAGUUGCGUUUGUCUGAAGCUGAGGAAAUGCGGAAACAAAAAAUCGAAGAGCUCCAAGUUUUGGAAAGAGCUCAUCGGGAGUAUUUCAAUAUGAAGACAAGGAUGGAAGCAGAUAUUAAAGAUCUGUUGUCCAAAAUGGAAGCUACGAAACGGAAUCUCUCCAUGUGAUUGGCGUAUGGGUAGAGUUUUCCCCAUGAACUCUCCGCAUCUUGGAUAAGUCUCAACCUCCUGUUUUUCUAUGUAUUGCUAGUGUAAAACACCUUGGUUGCCAUUGAUUGGCGGGUGGGUGUAUCUUUCAAUUUAGUUUAUGGUUUUCUUCUAGUACUGCUAACCAUGAUCUGUACAGAGACUGGUUCAUGUCUUUAUGUUAGAAUUUAGAAAGAGUUCCCAGUUAGGGGCACAAUCUGAUAGGAGAAAUUGCAGAUCAAGUUUUUAA